GUGGUAGUGGUGGUGAUGGUGAAGAAAAAUGUGAUGAGAGCGAUGGUGACAAUGGUGAUGAGGGCAGUGAUUAUGAUGGAAGUGUUUAUGAUGACAGAUGAAGAUGACGGUAAAGGACAAAAAAAAAACUAACUCAUAGUGAUGGUGAUGAUGACGAAGAUGUUUACGCUGCUGCUAUUUCUAUUGAUAAAACAACGAUAGGCCGUGCCUCAAGAAUGCCUGCCCUCCCCUCUCUGCCGCGCCCAUCCCUGGUGGUAAUGGUGGUGGUGGUGGUGGUGGUGGUCCCCGCUGAAGCCUGCCUCAAACGCGACCGCCAAGUCAGCAGUACCUACGUUAUCCAAAGAACGUUCGUUUUAGCGCCACGACAACAGCCACAAACACCACGAAGAACCGACGACCUAGCGCGAGUUCAUUGUCUGAUUGAUGUUUGUUAUCUGUCUCUCGAUCAUCCAAAGCUCUGCCAGGACACAUUCGACGCACUCAGGACCAGUGGCGCAGUGGAGCCGUGUAACGACACCUGCGCGGCCCAAGUUACGGGAGUUGUGUGUCGACAUCCCAUUGUUGUACAGUACCUGUUGCAUCAUUACGACGGGAUGAGCUGCGGACAGCAAUGGGAAGCAAUUUUCUGGAGUAAUGGAUCCGGGACAAAUACUACCACCACAACCAUAACCGCCAACACCACCACCACUACAAUGCCAGCCACGCCAACCACUCGGAGACACCAAGCACGGACGCGUGACCAGAAAGACGCGACGCUUAUCACCACAAAGACCACGGCCCACCACCACCACCACCACCACCACCUCCAGCGACUCCCUCAUCCAACAGGCGACACUAAAGCCUUCUCAUCAGCCGGGAAACAGACUCUUGGUGGAGGUCAUAAAAGAGUAAUGACAACAACACAGAAUACGCGCACAAACGCUCCACAGCCAGAGGAGACAAAGCCAAUAGACGCUUCAAAGUUAUGCUUCAAUGGGAGACGAGAAAUAUGUGAUGGGUCUCUUCUGGCCAGCAGCGAAGGAGGAGGAGGACGAGGAAAAGGAAGAGAAGGAAGUGGAGGAGAAGGAAGAGGAGGAGGAAUAGGAGAAGAAGGAGGAGGAGAAGGAGGAGGAGGAGGAGAAGAAGGAGGAGGAAGAGGAAAAGAAGAAGAAGGAGGAGGAGGAAGAGGAAAAGAAGAAGAAGAAGAAGAAGAAGAAGAAGGAGGAGGAGGAGGAGGAGGAAAAGAAGCAAGAGAGAAAGGGUUAGAAAGCCUCCCAAAGUCAAUGGCGAGAAAUAAAUCUAAUUCAGAGGUUGAUUGGAGAAGGAAAAGUGUGAAGGAAAGAAAGUCAGGACGCGGAGAGAAGUUAAAGAAGCAAGACUUGACACGAAGGGAAGAAAAAAAAAAAGAGAAAGACGAGGAGGAGGAGAACGAUCGACAUAGGAAGAGGAAACAUACCAAGGAACAGAACGAGAACAUGUCGCCGUAUAUACACGUCCACGUCAAGAACAUCCACAAUGGGACCCAAGAGAAUACUGGCUUCUCGGCGGUGGUCGUGUGGCUCAGUGUGGUGGUCGUGGUGGUCGUUGUGGUGGUCGUGGCGGUGAGCUGUGGCCUCCUUGCAUGGCUUCGUCUCCACGCCUGCAAACGUUCCUUCUACCUGCACUGAAAACGUUUGGGCUACCGACGCGACGCUGGAAUCGAACAUUUGUAUUCAUAGACUUCAACGAUGGGAUGAAAACGUUUGUACGACCGCGACGCUGCCCUGAAGACGAUUAUACUGCAGGGAAAUGUUUGUUUAGUCUGGCUUCGAGCAUUUACUGAAGUCGUUUUGCAUUUCAACUAUGCGGCGGCUUUACUCCUGCCAUGAAACUACAACAUAUUCACUUUCAGCUGCAUGGGAAACGUUUGUAAUACGCGACGCGACGCUACAGCUCAAUGUAUUUAUGUUCCACUCAGUCUGGCUGAGUGAAUAAAUACUAUAGAGCAACA